UAAAUUCAAUACAUUUACGGGUUACUGUAUAAAGAGAUAACGGCAGCAACGGUUAAGGGCGGCGUAGUUAAAGUGCAAAAGCUGCGUUUAACCACCAUGUUAAAACAGAUUUUCAUCAUGACUGGGUUUUACUUAAUUUUUUUUUAUCUUCAUCAAGUUGAAGCUGACUGUGGGGUAUCUUCGGCUGGUUACGCUUUAGCUUGUAGUGCUGGAUAUCACUGCUGUUCAAAGGAAGAUCACACUUGCUGUAAAGAUGGAACUGUCUGCAUGGGGAAAGCGUGCCUGGGAUGGAGAGCAAUGAUUGGGGUUGUUGCAGCAUGUCUCUUCGGUUUCGUAGUAGUAUGCGCUGUUAUUGGAUAUCUAGGUAUGAAAAUAGUGGAACAUUUUUCACCAUUAUGUGAACGAAAAGUUGAACCAGCUCCAGCUGUAUCCGAAGAAGGCAGUACCUAAGAGACAGGCAGAGAGAGAGAGAGAGAGAGAGAGAGAGAGAGAGAGAGAGAGAGUAGUAAAGGACUACAUGAAACGGAUGUGUGAUGUUUAUAAUAAAAUAUAAUUAUAUUAUAUAUGUUUAAUUAUGUAUUUUUAAUGCGAACGGUUUGACCUACCCGUGAAAACUCAUGGGGAUAAUCUCUUGCCUAGAUUUAACGUGUAUUCAUGGUAACGCAAUUAUUUAUCUUUAGAAUAUAGUCUGAAUAUUCAAAUAUCGUGCAAAUAAUGCAAUUAACUAUUCGAAUAAUAAAAGUAUAAUUCUAACGUCCCUUAUUCUGAAAUUUUAU